AUGCUUACACCGUUUUUUAUCAAUCAUAUAGGAAAGACCGCGCCACGCCUCAUUCAUGAUGUCCAGCUGUAUGAUCCAGAACACGACCCAGACACAGGCCGUAAUCUCCUCUCAGAAACUCCGCCCAUUUACCCACAAGGCUACCAUGGCCCACCUGGAUUCAUAUCACCGGAAGCAUGUCGACACCAGUAUGUCUUGAAAGAAGACCAAUCCUUCAUGUCAGAGCCAGAGCACCGGAGACGGCCAGGCACAUCAUCCAAGGUCUCAGCCAUAUGCACAACGUGCCGUUAUCAUCUUCAAAUGGUGGUUAACUAUACCGCCCACACGAGCACAUUUGGUCAGAACCAGGGGAAGCACAUCCAUCAUUUGGUCUACAAAUCAGGACGACAGAAGAAUGGCCUUGCGUUGCCCGAAGAGACUCCCAAAGGGCAGCUUGCAGAGACAUACCAUUACCAAUGUUCCUACACCUCAUGUUCGGCUAUGGUAUCUUUGCGGAUUCUUUCACCGAUUUUGAGCCCGGAAUUCAUGCACUUGAUGACCGAUAAAGACUUGUUGCGAAAACGAGCCGAAGAGGCCACUGCAGCGUAUCCUGAGUCCAUGGAAGGCAUGGGUGAUCCGCAACCGGUCAAUGUAUUGGAUAAUCUGCGCCUGUACAUUACCAACGCCCUACGAAAUCCACAGCGCAGCAAGCCCAUCUCCUCCGUCAAUAAGAGGUUCAUGCACUCUUUCGGCGUGGAAGGUGCUGCUUGUAAAGAAUUACUUGAAUUUCUAGAGUUCAUGUACAAUAAGGAUACUGGGGCAUGGCACCCGCCUAAACCGACAGCUGACGCCGAGAAACCUUACCAUGACACAAUGCGUCUCUUCCUCGACGACGUGAUGCAUGAAUUGUUAAUCCUGGUAUAUCUCCGACCUGCUUCAGAAAGGAUAGGGUCUCAGAUUCCUGGCCUUCCUCGCUCCGCCAUCCCCGUUCUUUUCUCUGCUCUAGAAGCGCAAGACUAUCCGACAGCUUUGCGUUACAAAGAAUUUGAGAUGGCCCAUGCCCCGUUUGUGCACCCUAUCCUUGAAUUGAUAAAAACUGGAUCUAACAGCUACUUCUUUAGUUUCUAUGAGGACCUGGGGGUGAUGGAGGAUAUGUCCUCAUUUGCUGUCAUCGAAGCAUACAAUCGACAGAUCUUGGCCGACCCUGAUAGAACCCCGGUAUACUUGUCUGCUCUAAAGGCUAUCGGCUUUCUGCGUGGUGGUGAAGACCAGGCAACCAUCGACAUAGCUGUUCAGGCAGCUUAUGAACAAGGAAAGUAUGCUGUUGAGGACAUUAUCAGCGCGUACCAGUACUUUAAUCUUCACUUCGAUGAUCCAAACCUCACUGAGGAUAGCAUCAUUGGCAAAUUCUAUGCCUUUCUCAGCUCUACAACCCAAGAUACCGAAGCGCGUCAGCAAUUGUGGCGGAUUGGCGACUCCAGGGGAAGUGGGCGCAUCAAAGCGGCGUCAGAAGACCGUGUUUCCACUGUCGAACAAGCAAAUGUCUUCUUGGGGGUCGAGGAUAACACCCCGGAUGAUUUUGUCAUGACCAUGUAUACUGCAAAGGUCAAUGACAAUCCACUUACCCAAGAACUGGCAAAACGCGCUGUGGCACUCAUUGCCGAGUCCCGCAAAUCGGUCGCGUUGCAGCAUUUCAUCGAUACGGGAGAGAUGAUUGCUGGUGAAAUGGACAUUGGUGAUGCCUAUCGUCUACUCCAAAUCCCUGAUCGAACUGCCGACGAUGGGGCAAUCAUAGCCGCAUACACAAUCUGCAUCGAUGAAAACCCAGGGGAUGCCGAAAGAUACAACCAGGCUCUGACAAUCAUUGCCAAACAACUGGACAGCUCUACGUUAAGGAAUAUGGCAGGUAUCUCCAACGAGCCUGAUAGAAGCAUGCACGAUUGGCCAGUCGGACUACAAAACAUCGGCAAUACAUGCUAUCUCAACAGCCUGUUGCAGUUCUAUUUCUCUGUUCGUCCUUUCCGUGAGUUGGUCCUGGAUUUCGAACGCUUCCAGAUGGAUCUUAAUGACGAGGAAACCCUCGCAAAGAAACAAGUGGGCUCCCGGAAGGUGACGAAGAAAGAGGUCGAGCGAUCUCAGCGAUUCCUCAAUGAGCUCCGGACUUUGUUCCGUAGCAUGAUCACUUCAUCCCAAAUUUCGGUUACUCCCGGCCAAGAACUUGCUCGGUUGACCCUGAUUAGCCCAAGCAAUGAGGCGGCAAUACGUCGUCGGUCCACGAUCACUGCUACUAGGUCCGAGAUUCUUGGUGACAUCAACGGUGCUCCUGUUCUGGGGCCCCUCGGGCCUCCACAGUCCCUUCUCGGGGGUCGGAUGGAGCCGGUUUCAUCUUCUGGCCAAGCUGAUCCCGUACCUAUUCAAAACUCGACCGGCAGCGAUCAUGGCAGCGAUGCAACAUUGGUCUCGGAUGAUAGCAUGAACGAUGCACCUGGACUCUUUGUUGAGGACAAGGAGAACAAUCCCCCGGACAUGGAUCAGCUAUCCGACCAAGCAGAGGCAGGAUCUGAUCAGGAGAUGAAUAUCGACCCAGACGGCAGUGUAUCGGCUAACCUGCCACCGCCCGUCCCUCCUCGCAACCCCCCGCAAGUUGAUCGGGAAAAGCAAUUGAGGGAGGAGGUAGAGAUUGGUGCCCAGCAGGAUGUGACAGAAGUCAUCAACAAUGUUCUGUUCCAGAGCCAGUGCGCCAUCAAGCCUCGGGGCAUUGGCAGUGACGGUGAACAGCUUGACCAGAUCAAAGACUUAUUCUACGGCCAAACCCGGUCUUACAUUUCCACCGAGAAAGGCACACGUUCGAAGGAUGAACGGUGGUGUGACAUCAAGGUUGAUGUUGCUCAUGGAUCUCGAAACAUCUACGAAGCCAUCGAUGGGGCAUUUGAUAUCCAAAAGAUUAGUGUGGACAACUCUGUGGCCGAACAAUUUGCUUCCAUCAGCCAGCUUCCGCCUGUUCUUCAGAUCCAGGUGCAACGGGUUCAGUUUGAUCCUGUGAAGAAAUGCUCGUUCAAAUCUACAAACCACCUCAAAUUGCUUGAAACUAUCUACAUGGAUCGAUACAUGGACACCAAGAACCCGGAUGUUGUGGAUCGACGAAAUCAAUGUUGGGAGUGGAAGGCAUCUCUGAAAAUGCUUGAGGCUCGCCGAGAAGAGCUUCUCAGGAGAAAGGACGGUGCUGGCGUCGACAUGGCAACACUGUUCCGUAGAGUCAAAACUGCACUGCAAGAUGUGGAUUCCAUUGAAAACGACAUUGAGACCGAAGCCGGAGUCGGAUCUGAUCCCAUGAAUGCUGUGGCUAGUACAGAAUUAUUAGACGAACUUGAGAGCCUUGCCCAUAAGGCAGAGAACGACCUGCAAGCUAUCGACCAAGAAAUCAAGGAUACGCAGACCAUGAUUUCUAGCCAAUUCGCCGAUUUCCAUAACCUCCCAUAUCAACUGUACGCCGUUUUCGUGCAUCAUGGGUCGGUAUCAUUCGGCCAUUACUACAUCUACAUUUUCGACUUCGACAAGAAGAUAUGGCGUAAAUACAAUGACGAGUACGUCACCGAGGUCCAGAACGUGGAUGAGAUCUUCAAGAACGACUCGACCAGCAACCCCCCGACCCCGUAUUUCCUCGUUUAUGUCAACGAUAGCAUGAAAGACCGUCUGGCAAACCCGGUUUGCCGUGAGGUAUCCGACAACAUGACCGACCUUCCUGGUCUUGAACUGGCCACCACCAUGGAGGGUAUUCAGCCCACCAGCCCUGGGACGGACGUGAAUAUGGAACCUCCAAGUUAUGAGGAAGCUUUGGCCAUCAAUGGAACUCCAGGUACGGGAAACACAGAAUAUACCGACGCGGAGACCACAACAUGGCCCCGUCCUCGUCCUGCGACUGACUCGGAGCAAUAUUGGUAG